UUGACUUUGACAGUCCUUCCUUUCACAAUUUACAUUAUAACCUAUUUUCGUUUACGUGUUAAAAUUAAUUUAAGUUUUUGAGUGUAUAUCAAUUACAUAAAAUAAGAGCAAGUAGGCUUAAACUAUUUAUUUAUAAAUAAACCUUUGCUUUUUACUGUGCCCAUAACAUGGCGAACUGGGAAGAAAAGAAAAAGCUGAUUACCCGAAACCUGCAAGAAGUUUUGGGUGAAGAUAAACUAAUACAAAUUUUGAAAGAAAGAGAUUUGAAACUUUACUGGGGCACUGCAACUACAGGUCGUCCUCAUGUCGCUUAUUUUGUCCCUAUGUCCAAGAUAGCCGAUUUUCUCAAGGCUGGAUGUGAAGUAACAAUACUGUUUGCUGAUUUACAUGCUUACUUAGACAACAUGAAAGCCCCUUGGGAAUUAUUAGCUCUACGAACUCAAUAUUAUGAAGCUGCUAUAAAAGCAAUGUUGCAGUCCAUCGGUGUCUCCCUAGAUAAACUUAAGUUUGUCAGAGGUACUGAAUACCAGCUUAAUAAGGAAUACACUCUUGAUGUUUAUCGCAUGACAUCUGUUAUAACAGAGCAUGAUGCUAAAAAAGCUGGUGCAGAAGUUGUGAAGCAAGUAGAUCAUCCUUUAUUAAGUGGUCUUUUAUACCCUGGACUUCAAGCUUUAGAUGAAGAAUAUCUGAAAGUUGAUGCACAAUUUGGAGGGGUUGAUCAGAGAAAAAUAUUUACAAUGUCUGAAAAGUACUUGCCACAACUUGGUUAUGCUAAAAGAAUACAUCUUAUGAAUCCCAUGGUUCCAGGAUUAACUGGUGGAAAAAUGUCUGCCUCUGAAGAGGAUAGCAAAAUUGAUCUAUUGGAUAACCCAGCUAAUGUUAAAAAGAAGCUUAAGAAGGCUUUUUGUGAGCCAGGAAAUAUAACCGAUAAUGGAGUAUUAUCUUUUACUAAACAUGUUGUAUUUCCUUUAUUGAAGCCUGGAGAAUUGUUCAAGAUUACAAGGGCUGCUGAAUUUGGUGGGGACAUUGAGUUUUCCAAUUUUGAUGAUCUGGAAGCAGCUUUUGCUAAACAAGAAAUACAUCCUGGAGAUUUGAAAGCAUCUGUUGAACAAGCUAUUAAUAAGCUACUAGGACCUAUUCAAGAAAUAUUUAAAGAUCCAAAGCUCCAAGAAUUGACUAAGAAGGCUUACCCACCCCCAGGAAAAGUGAAAGGUAAUGCAAAUGCUGCAGCUGAUGAAAUUUCACCUGCUAAAUUGGAUAUUAGAGUUGGAAGAAUAGUAGAAGUCUCUAGGCAUCCUGAUGCUGAUGCAUUAUAUGUAGAAAAGAUUGAUUUAGGGGAAGGAGAACCAAGAACAGUUGUUUCUGGAUUGGUUAAUUUUGUACCUAUUGAUGAAAUGCAAAAUAGAGAUGUUGUAGUUCUAUGUAAUUUGAAGCCAGCUAAGAUGCGUGGUGUAGAAUCAAAAGGUAUGGUGUUGUGUGCAUCAACAGAUGACCCUAAGCAAGUGGAGCCAUUAUUGACUCCAGAAGGUAGUAAGCCUGGUGAUAGAAUCGUAGUUGAGAAUUAUGAAAAUGGUGAGCCAGAUGAUGUACUUAAUCCUAAAAAGAAAGUUUGGGAGAAACUACAAAUUGACCUAAAGACAAAUGACAAUCUUCUAGCUGUAUGGCAAGGAAAUAAAUUGAUUAGUAAAAUAAAUGGAAACCCAGUAACCACAAAGUCAAUGAAAAAUGCUCCAAUCAAAUAAUGUUGUGCAUUUGUUGCUUUUAACAUUUAUGCUUUGUUAAACUGAUUCUGCUUAUGAUGUAGAAUUAUGUGCAUUAUGAAUAUAUUAUUUUUGUACUUUUAAGAAUGCAUUUUUAACAAGUACUAUUUAUUUAUUUAUUAAUAAAGCUGGCCAUAUUUUGUCAGA